UUUCUCACACUUUUGCUCUAGAAUAUUUUGCCUCACACACACACUAUUGUUUCUUGUUUGUUUAUAUUACUUGCAGAAAAAGCACCCCAUUUUACACUCUCAUUUCUUACUCAUUCACAGCUUCGAAAUGUCGCAACAAGGAGAAAGCGAUGAUCAGUUGUUUGUUUGGCCUUGGGUCGGAAUUGUUGCUAACAUUCCGACCAGGGUGCAAGGCGGUCGUCGUGUCGGUGAGAGUGGUUCCAAACUUAGGAAUGAGCUGACCAGAAGGGGAUAUGAACCGGUCAGGGCGAAUCCAUUAUGGAAUUACCAUGGUCAUUCGGGGUUUGCAAUUGUAGAGUUCAACAGAAGUUGGGAUGGAUUCAAGAAUGCAAUCACAUUUGAGAAAGACUUUGAGUUUAAUCAUUGUGGCAGAGAGGAUUAUUUUAAUCUUACUCAUGCAUAUAGAGGUGAUAGGUUAUUCGGAUGGGUUGCAAGAGCUCAAGAUUAUCACUCGAAAGGUAUUGUUGGAGAGAAUCUGAGAAAGAACGGAGAUUUAAAAAGCGUUUCGGGCAAAGAAGCUGAGGAUAAGAGGAAGGAUUUGACAUUGGUUUCGAGUUUGAGUAGUACUCUACAAAUGAAGGACAAUCGUCUUAAAGAAAUGGAGAUUAAAUAUUCGGAGACUACUUCAUGUUUAAAUAAGCAAGUUGAAGAGAAGGAUGCUAUAGUCUUAGCUUAUAAUGAAGAAAUCCAAAAGAUGCAGAAGGUCACACGUGCUCAGUUCGCGGAGAUUUCUUCAGAACAUCAGAAGGCUAGGAGCUGUCUCGAAGCUCAAAGAGUAGAACUGGAGAAACGCGAGAAGGAACUACAGCAGCGCGAGUUUCAGAAUGACAUUGACAAUGAGAAAAAUAAGCUUGAACACGAAAAGAAAAUGAAUGAGAUGGCGAUUCUGGAGCAGAAAAAGGCAGAUGAAAGUAUGCUAAAGCUAGCAGAGGAACAACAGACUGAAAAAGAGAAACUUCGCAAGAAAAUUCUUGAUUUGGAAAAGAAACUUGAUGCUAAACAAGCUUUGGAGUUGGAGAUAGAGCGAAUGAAGGGUGCUUUACAAGUAAUGAAGCAUAUGGAGGGUGAGGAUGAUGAAAACGUGCAUGGCAAGGAAAAGAUGGAUCAUCUUCUGCAAAAGUUGAAGGAUAAGGAAGAAGAACUUGAUAUGUUGGAAUCUGUUAAUCAAGCUCUUACUGUCAAAGAGCGGAUAAACAAUGAUGUUUUGCAAGAAGCUCGCAAGGAAGUACUAACUGGUUUAAGGGAGGAUCGUCGAGCCAAUAUUAGCAUCAAGAGAAUGGGACAGCUCGAUAGUACACCAUUCCAUGCUGCAGUCAAGAAAAAGUUUCCUUAUCAAGACACUGGUCUGAAAUCAGCAGAGCUAUGCUCACUAUGGGAUGAGUACCUGAGAGACCCGAGCUGGCAUCCAUUUAAGGUCAUCACUGAUGAAGCUGGAAACUCCAAGGAGAUAAUCAAUGAAGAUGAUAAAAAACUGAAGUGUCUUAUGAACGAACUUGGUGGUGAAGUUUGCAAUGCUGUGAUCAAAGCUUUGAGAGAAAUUAAUGAGUAUAAUCCAAGUGGAAGAUACAUAGUAUCAGAGAUGUGGAAUUAUAAGGCAAAUCGAAAGGCAUCGCUUAAGGAAGGAGUUGAAUAUUUAUUGAUGCAGUGGAAGAACCAGAGUCGAAAAAGAGCCUUCAGUUGAAAUAUAAUUGCAGUAUGAUCAUGAGCCAUCAACUGGUAGAGUGGAAGAUAAAGAUACUGAGUUUAUUGAGUUGCAGAUACUUAGUUUAUUGAGUUGCAGAGUCCAUUGAGUUGCAGACGCUGAGUUUAUCGAGUCCAUUGAGUUGCAGACGCUGAGUUUAUCGAGUCCAUUGAGUUGCAGACGCUGAGUUUAUCGAGUCCAUUGAGUUUAUUGAGUUGCACAUUAUGAAUCACUACUAUUACUUGCAGGGUCUGAUUAGCUAUAUGACUAAAUUCUGCUCUUGUUAAAUUAUUUUGCUAAUUAGUGAAUGUUCUACACCAA